AUACAAAACUAGUGGUUAUUUCCGCCGUCCGAUCUAAAGAUGUUUUAUAUUUUUUAGUUUCUCCAUGACGUGUUCACGUAUUCACGCAGCGGCAGUAGAAAGAGGAUGAUAUUUUUCUUUUAUUGAAUGUAAUAAAUAAACUCUGCUGCUCUUCCUUCCUCUGGGGAAAAGUGCGUGUAAGUGGGUGUGUCGAGUGAGUUUAAACUUUAUGAUGAGUUAAAGUUUGAUAAUGGCCGUGUGGACCCGCGCGGAGAAACAGGGUCAUCUGGACCUGCUGCUAAGCGACCGAUGGGUUCGGGUCUCCGCCGAACUCACCCGGGACACCCUCACACUAACGGUGGAGAGCGAAGCGAGCGGGCCCGCGGUCUAUCCGGAGCACAAAUCGCACUUGAGAAAUGGCCUUUCCAAUGGCAAUGAACAGAACCGAGAGCUUUAUCAGAGCCCGAGUCGGGUCAACGGGACCGGCUCAGACUCUGAGUCCAGCGUGUACUGUGACCCGGUGGGACCGGAGGGCGUCCGGAGGGUUCGGAUUGUCAAACAGGAGUCCGGCGGGCUUGGGAUCAGUAUUAAAGGUGGACGGGAGAACCGCAUGCCCAUCCUCAUCUCGAAGAUCUUCCCCGGUUUAGCGGCCGAUCAGAGUCGAGCUCUGCGUGUCGGCGACGCGAUCCUGUCCGUCAACGGCAGUGACCUCCGCGACGCCACGCACGACGCGGCGGUGCAGGCGCUGAAGAAGGCCGGGAAGGAGGUGACUCUGGAGGUGAAGUACAUCAGGGAGGUGUCUCCUCUCUUUAAGAAGUCCUCCAUGAGUGCAGAGCUGUCGUGGGAUGGCCGUCUUCAGUCUCCAAAUGUCAGCUGCAGCAGCGACGAGUCGCACAAGAGCUGCACGACCCGCGACAGGAAGAUCAUCCCGCUGAAAAUGAGCUUCAUCAGCCGCAACCUCACUAUGCCUGACCUCGAGAACAGGUUGUUGGAGCUUCACUCUCCGGAUGGUCAGCACACUGUGGUGUUGCGAUGUAGAGACGGAGCGAACGCUCACUCCUGGUUCACAGCCAUUCACACCAACAUCACCGCCUUGCUGCCUCAAACACUCAGCCACAUCAACACCUACCUGAACAACACCAACACACACUGCACGCUGAAACACAUCGGCUGGCUGGCAGAGCAGCUGGAGUUGGACGGCGGGCGACAUCAAUACAGACGUGUCGUCAUGGCGCUAACAGAGAAAGACAUCCUGCUCUUCCAGUCAGUGCCGUGGAUGUAUGAGAGCUGGACAUCCCCUCUCCUCACACAUCCCAUACUUGCUACACGGUUGGUUCACUCAGGCAGCAUCCACAGCUCCCUGGCUCUCGGUGGCGAUCUGGUAUUUGCCACACGUACAGGCACAGGUCGAGGAAUCGAGUCUCACAUGUUUCGAGUGGAAACGCACUGGGAUCUUUCUACAUGGACACGAGCGCUGGUGCAGGGAGGACAUUCAGCCGCGGAGCUCAUCAAAGAAGUUUCCAUAGGCUGUGUGUUAAACAGACAGGAAGUGCGUCUGGUCCUGCAUUACGACAGGGGUUUCACUGUCACUCGGGAGUCUGGUGAAUCUGUGCUCUUUCACCUCCCAUACGAGCGGCUCAAAAUGUCUGCAGAUGAUGGAGUCAGAAACCUCUACCUGGACUUUGGAGCUCCAGAGGGCAAGAUGGUGUUUGAGCUUCACUCGGGGCCGAAGCCGGUGGUGUUUGUGCUUCAUUCAUUUCUUUCUGCCAAACUGGCACGUUUGGGACUGCUAACGUAAAACCAAAAGAAAAUAAUGCCGGUUAAUUUACUGAUUUAUAGCAUGUUAUAUUACUUUACUCGAGCAGUAUUUUCAUAGUUCUACUUCUUUGUUAGCUGAGUAGUCAAACAUAUUGCUGAAUGAUUAUGUGUGUGCGUGCAUGUGCUUGCGUGCGGUUGUGUGUAUGUGUGUGGGUGUGUGGCAUUUCUAAUGCAUGAUGCAUUCCCAUUUUCCUCAGAUCAAGUGCCUUCUCAUCUAGUUAACAAGCUUUUACAAAAAAAUGUCAGGCUUUAAGGUCACAGGACCAAAGGCUUUGCAGGAUAACCCAAAUCAGUAUAUUUUUCUUGUAUUUUCUUUUAUGUUUGUUUUACAUGUAAUUCAUCUGUGUGUGUGUGUGUGUGUGUGUGUGUAUACCUGUAUGUUUUUAUGUAUUGCAUGGUAAAGACUGUUAUGUUUAAAAGUAUGUUUUAUAAAUGUAAUACAACUUUAUGAAUAUGCAUCAUUGGAAUGUACACCUGCUGUUUAUGCAGAUAUGGAGGGAGUGAAACUUUAAUAAUAUUCCUUUGUGGCUGACCAAAAUUGGUAUCCUCCUUAAAGAUUCCAUUUUAUAAGGAUUUUGUUUUUUUAAUAGGAAUGAUUAAUUUCUCAGUGUAUUUAGUAAUAAUGUAUUUUAUAUCUGUUACUAGACUUCAUAAGUGUUUGGCUCAUUUAUGACCAAACUGGCACUAGGCCUCGAGUUAAUUCAUUGUUCAUUAAACGUGCACUCCUUGAAGGCAUUUAUGUUUGUUGCCACUUAGCGGCAUAAAUGCAGCAUCAUGCAAAAACAUAAGUUCUCUGUUACUGAUGUCAUUGUAGAAGUGUACAGAGCCCCCUAGAGGACAGGGAUUUAUUUUCAGAAAUAGUUCUUUUUUUUUUUUGUUCCCUCACAAAAAGUUUUAUUUUCCUUCAAAAUAGUUUGCAUUCCUUCGCAAUAGUUUUGCGUUGCUCGCAAUAGCUUGCCUUCCUUUACUAAAUAGUUUGCGUUCCCUUGCGAAAUAGUAUGCACUUCUGUACUAAAUAGUUUGUGCCCUCGCAAAGGUUUUGAAUUCCUUCGCAAAAUGUUGCGUUCCCUUGGCAGCACUCGUGAAUUUGCACCCAGCACCACAUAUAGAAUAAAGCAGCUUUUCUGUAAGACUUAUAUGACUGGAGUUUCCAUCUCAUUUUAAACAUAUUUUUCGAAAAACACUAAUCUAACAUUUUGAUUUCAUUCUGUUUAAAAGUUGAGCAAUUUGCAAACAAAAUUGAUGAGUGAACCUUCAAUGUAUAGCUUGUGCUUUAGAUGAGCAUUCUGCCUGUACUAGCACUGAUAUCUAGUCUGUUGAGGUAAAUUCACUGGCUUGAGUUAAAUAUACAGCAAUUAUAGCAUCAUUAUAAAUCCUUUAAGAUUAUGGCGUUUUAUUUAGUGCAUGCAAUGCAGAUACAAUCCUUUGAAAAAAUGUAAUGAAGUUUGAGCACGAUAUCUCUUACAGUAGCCUAUCACUUCAUUAUUUUCAUCAGGUUAUAGUUAGUAAUGUUUUGAAAGAAGUUAUUACUGUACUAUUACUGUAUCUUCCUCCUCCCUCCUUCCUCUUUAAUUAAAGUGUUUGGGCAUAAAGGAAGUUUUUUUUCUUGUAAGAUUAAUUACAUAAGGCAACUUGCACAAUAUUCCUAUGUCUGUCUUAUUUUAGUAUAAGGACCAUUACACAAGUGAGUUGGUUGGGUCCAUUCAAAUUCUUGAGUAAAAAUGCACUGUGUGUACAAGGACCACACGUGCAACUUCUGUGAUGACUUUUAAGUGCCCUUAAACUUUUAUGGUCUAUUGUACAUAUUAAUCCCACAGACAUUUCACAGAGGGACAAAGAGUUUUUUUUACCCACAUGGAGGCCUUCAGUGACUCUUCUGAAGUCUCUUUUAAAUAAAAUGUAUUAUGUUUUAGACUGGCAUGCUAUAGAUUCUUCUUUCACUGAUCUGGCAUAGUUUUGGUCAUAUGAAGUGCUGUUACAAGAUUUCCAUGUUUGUUAUGAGGUCACGCCUCUUACUAAAGACACAUUGUAUUGUAGAUUCUCUUAUCUAUGAAAUUGUUAACAAAUGAACGCUUGCCCAGGUUAAUAAAUUGCACUUGUAUCAGUGAGAUGUUUGAACUUGUCAGUUGGAUAUUUGUCAUGACCAAUUUUUCAGACUAUGAAUGUACUUGAUAAACCCAUAAAGCUUACUUUUGAAGACCAAAGUUCCCUUGUGGCAGCUUGCAGUAUACAAUCAAUUACAAAAAUACAAAUCUGUACAUGUAUGAUACGCUUACAGCCUGUAACCCAAAGCUAUGCAAUAUGUCUGUAUGUAAAUGUCUCAUAUAAAUAAACAUGUUCAUUAAAUGCCUUAA